CAGGGUAGGGAACUGAAGAGGGUGGUUUGAGCAGGAGGGUCUACAAUGUAUUCAGAGAUGGAUAGUUUGGGUUCUGAAAGUACAAAUCCAGACUAGGAUUUUGUUUCAACCAACCAAGUUGAGUACAAAGAGUCGCAGUCACUCAAUACGUUUACAUGCACGGUUAAGUCAAGCUACAACUAUAGCUCAACUUCGCCAUUUAAUCGGACUACUGUCAUUGUCCCAGUAUACAUGCACAGGAGAGGAAUCGAUUUAUUGACCGAAGUAUGUCCGACUCCGCUAUGAUAGGUGGUAAUAUGGCUCCUUUCAGCUUGUUAGUAUUGGGCUUUUCCAGUUCACCUAUUACGUCACUGACAAGAAGUAAUAAUAAAAUUAAUAGUAAUGGAUGCGUGGACAAAUGAAGUUUUAAUUGCGAUCUGUUCGGUAGAACAGAUACAAGAUCAGGAUAGUAUACUGUAAUAAGUAGAUAGUAUUUUAACAUACAUUUCUCAUGAACCCGUCUAGGAGCGAUUUAAACAGCAAGGAUGAAAAUGAUUAUGAUUGUCUCAGAGAACGCAUGCAGUGCUCAUGCAAAAGCAGUGGAGGUAAACUUUAAAGUGAUUUUAAACAAAUACUAGAUAAUCUUGAAAAGGAAUAAUCAUUAAAAUUGCAAAAAUUGCUAAGUUUUUUUCCUUAUGACAGAGUUAAAGAUGUUUUAGCGACAUUUAAACUCCAUGUGCUAUAAUAUCCAUACCAAAUUCAAGGAAAGAAAAAGCCUGAUCUUAAUCUAGCUGACUAGCGAUUGGAUGUGCAUAACAUGCGAUGUUCGUAUUAAUAUUACACAUCAUCCAGCACUAUAAUAUACUACAGUAUAAUAUACUACAUUUCUUGAAUUCCGUACAAAAUAUCCAGCCUUGCGUUGUGAUGUCAUUUGGUGCCAGUACCACUUUUUAUGCCAGUGGAAAACCAAAACCUUGAAGUACUGUACUUUUGGUACCUUCUUGAAGUACCAAAAGUACGGCACCUGAGCGGUUAAUUGGACAGUUUUACAGCGCUGUAAAUUUUGUACGUGGUGUACGUCCUUUACUAUUCUCUGUGCUUCUUCUGUUUACCGGCUUCUUUGACCUGACUUCCAGGUCAAAGCUCAGAGGAAAAACUGUGGAGCACCUGCAGAGCGCCUAGGCCAGUUUGAGUCCAACUGAAUGUAUACAUGAAGGAGUAAAUUGACCCCAAAUCACAUUAUCUGGGUAUCUUACUCUGACUUUGAGAAAUUUGAUUUAGUGCUAUUUCAGUCAGAGUAACACGUUUACAUAUACUUUAAAAGUUCGGUUUUAAACACAAUAAUUCAGUUUUCUUAGCCUACAUGUAAACGUACUGACAGAGUACUCAACUGCUUGGUUGGAACAAAAUCUUGGUCUGGAUUUGAAGUUUCCACCUUUGAAUGUAUUGCAGAAGGCGGAUGUCUUGGGAUAAAGGCAGAAGAUCCAAGGAUGUAAUAUUGAGUCUUAGGCCUUGAUUUCUCUCCGUAAGGCCAGCACAGCACCUAAACAGUGUGACCAAUAAAGAUGCUUAAAUACAAACGGGUGCCAUGCACUCUAGACAUAAUUUGACCUUUAAAUAAGCUUUGGCAUAUGUUUGGAGCCUCAGUAGAGUCUUAUGGUUGGAAGUCAAGGCCUUUGUGUUGGCGAAUUGUUUUCCAGCGUUUUCACAUAGACACAUCAAAUGUUACAGUAACAUGACCUAAAUGUGAUGUCAUUCUAACUAUAACUUAACUAGGGUGGAGCAACAUACAAUGAUCUCAGGUAACAUGUUGCCGGUAGCACCUUCUGUUUCAGGGCCCAUGGCCCUCAAAUGGACUAAUCUCUCUGGAAUGCCAGGGAGGUGAAGUUGGGCACGUCGGUGGAGAAGCAUUUCAGUGACCUCUCUCAGCGGGACCACAGAAGACACAGAGAGUGCAUAGCAAGUGGUGGAGAAAGCCAAGAGCUCGCUUUGUAUACAAGGAAGACCACUGAAUCAUUUUUCAGAUGUAUUUUAUGUGUGUACGUGUGUGGGUAUGCAAUGUGUAUGCAGGAAAUUCAAGCUGAACACCCAGGAGGAGGCUAUGAACUCAAAGGAAGCAUUUGGGAAUUCGCACCCGUGGCACCUUCAUUAGUUACAUGACAGUAAACUGGUGGGAUGCUCUGUUAAAUAAAUAUGGCUUUCAUUCAUCAUGGGCUGCUUAUCUGAAUCACCUUUAGCCAGCUUUGAUACCUAUGGGACAUCGGUGGCCGGGUUCCAUCUGAAGCACCAGCAGAGUGCAGCUCUUUGUUCUCUGCAGCCCCGGUGGUCGAAGUUCAUGCAAGAAGCCAAACAAAGCAGCCAAGGGUACGAAGUAGGUCACACUUUUAACAGCACCUGGAAUCCAGCUUUAGUGAGCAUUUCUCACCUAUUUAUACCCCAGGGCCAGAGUGCAGACUCCGACCGUUGUGUGGGACUAUUAGUAUCUUCCUCCAGGGUGAUUGUGGGAUAGGGUUUGGUUAGGGUGAGACAGAGUGGAGUGAGGCAGGGCGGGGUGAGGCGUUGGUUCUGGAAUUAGCAGCAUUAAAAGCUUAAUACCCCCUUUGUUGCCUUUUGCUUGGUUUCCCAUAGGAGUGAUGUUUAAACAUCUCGUGGAUGAUGAUGAAACUUACAGCCAAUUAAUAAUUAGUGUGCAUUUUUACGGACUGAGCCUGGAACCUCGUCAUGGUACACUUCAGUAAUCAGGCGGAAAGUACAGAAAAACACAGACUGGGCAUUUCAGCUGAACGUUUAAACGAAAGCAGGCUAUGCGUUUUUCCGUUCAUGAACCUGGAGCUAUUCUGUGACGACCUAAUCUUUCACCUGGAGAGGGGGCCGUUUCUCAGCAGAAAGACUCGUUGUGCUGUGUGUUGUGUAGUAGCAUGUAGUAUCUUUAUAUCAAGCGCAUUUCUGGUUUGAGCGUCAAACUGAAUACUGUGACAGUAAGUGGACCAAAUGAAAAAUUAAUUUUUUGGUGCUAUGUGUCUUAUAUUCAUCUGGCAGAAAAUUUUCUGACUUGUCUGUUUAAGUGACAAAAAGUAUUGAUACAAAGACAAAGUUCUGAAGAGCAACGACAAUCUCUAAAAGCUAAUCUCUAAAAAAUAAUCCAAGCAUCGCAUGUAUAUUAAGUUUGUAUAGAUUAAAAUGUAUAUGUUCAAAAUCACAAGGAAAAGCAGUCAAUCGCCCCCACAAUAAUGAACCUUUUAUUUGCCAUCUAGACUAUGCUCUUCCCUGACAUUAGCUCGCUUUGCCUGGUUUGGCAGUUUAGCAGCUGAACACUGAGUAUCACUGACAACUUUAUGCAAUAGUGCUUAUAUUCAGCUGCUGGGGCUCGAUAUGUCUACUUUAAUUAAACUUUAAUAAACUUGCAGUACAUGCUAUUUUCUGUAACUGGGCUCCUACGUUUUUUUGGCAUUGGAUAUACAAACAUAUAAACAUACAUAUGAACAUAAGCAUAGCGGUCGCACGACUAGCAUUGAGACGGCUGUGUAAAAGUCAUGUAUUAAAUUUGCUGGCUGCAUGAAAUGAACUUGCAGGAUAAACACGUCUGAGUGUAUGCGGUUCGAGGGGCAGUUUUGGUUUGAGUCAGCAACAGCCUUGCUCCUGAUACCGUGACUGCGAGCGUGUGGGUGGGUGGGUGUGUGUUUGUGUAUGUGUAUGCAUGUACGUACACAUGGGCACUUGUGGUGGCGGCGUGCCUUGCAAUGAGCAGCAGAUUCUUGACAGAUUUGACAUCGCAAAUGCGCUGCGAAGCGAAAAGCCUCAGAAGAGAGCCAGCGGGUUAGUCGGUAGCCUCUCUCCUGCGACCUUGCAGCUUUUUUGGAGAUACACGCUGUUAUUCGAACAUAUUCUCGAGGAUGCUGCGUUUGCGAGGCAGUGGUGAAGGUUGUGAUGCCCUAAUGGGGAAAUCCGCAUCCUACCAAGCAGGUACAGUGCCUUCAAACACAAAAUACCUGCAACACUUAGAAUCUCAAGCAGCAGCGGUAUGACAGAGGAUUCCAGUAAUACGCCUCACCCUAUAGUCUCCAGCAGCAGAGAGAACAUAUAGGAUCAGUAUAUUGGCUUCUCACUUGGAUAGUACCCUGCUUUUGCUUAUGGUCCUAAAUAGGAGUCACUUUUUUUAAUCGAACUGUUUUUAUGGGUGACAUUCUCGUUUGCUUAAUAGCAAGUCACUGACCUGAGCUCCAAUUUAACUGGGAACUGGGAGUAGGAGAGUGGGUAAAAACAUUAGGUGAACUAUAUGUCCACAUAUAAAUCCACAUUAUACAUCUGUGUGUUGACAGUAUAAUCCACGUUCUAUAUGCAUCUACAUGCAUUUUACACUUGCACCAUGCAUCAAAUAACCUUUUUCUCUUAUUUCUGUUCUGGCAGAAAAUAACACCAUUGCAAGGUGUACAGAAUACACCGUACCAUCUGAAUUUCCUUUGCAUCUCUUUGCACCCAUGACAAGCAGCUCAGUAAAAUUUGGAGAAGCUUGGCCUGGCUUGUCUCUGAAUAAGUGGGAACAGGUGCUUGAGAAGCACUGACUUCAAUACACUUGUCAGAUCAUCAACCUUAGGAGGCUUUUCAGAUACGGGAGGUGGGAAGUGAUAUUUUGAGGCCAGGUUGGGGCUCAGCAACCUUCUGCAGCUUGAUGGGUGCUGUUUCAUUCAGGAAGUUCCAGUCUUGGUCUUCAUGUGGCAUACGACUAGUUAUACAGAAAUUCUCCUUAGAGAUGACAAGAGAAAGUAAACAGAGAAACAGUGAUGGUACGGGAAACAAUGGGGGAAGGCAAAAAAGCUUAAUGAAUGUGCAUGUGGAUCAGGGUUAUGACAGAUCAGUGGGUGAUAAUGCUAAAGGUCAACAUUCAACCUUCAGAGUGAAGACGCCCUAAACCCCUUAAACCUCCACAGAUACUGAAUCAUUUAUGCUACAUUUUUGCAUGGUUACCUUUUAUGUUUAUAUGUGCUCUAUUACUCCCUCUUUUUCAGCGAGUGACUUUGUAUUCAGAGGAAAGCGGCCAAUGACCUUUCUUUCACGAUGUCACGGCAGAUAAGAGUCGCCCUUCUGCAUCUGUGCUUCCCGGAAGCACAUGUGACCUAAGUGUCCACAUUCCCUCCCCCGGGGUGCACAGAUGAACCGCCCUCCCAGCCCAGGUACAGAGCGCCUCCCUCCAAAGAAGAGGGAACCCAGGGAGAGCCGGGCAGAGGCCAGCUCCAGUGACCACUGCUUCAAGGUGCCUGCACCAUACAGUGCACCCAUCAGGGGGAAAUCCAGCAGGCAGCCCAGCCCCUAUGCUGAAUACCUUCCCCUGACACCAACCAACUUCCCAGUACCCUGGUACAUGUCUUGUCCCACGAUGGCACCAAACCCUUUUCCUUUCGACCAAGAUGGCUUGUCUUCGUGGAGAGAGCAGUAUUCUGGGAACAGGCACCCGAUCCAUCCCAGACAGCCACAGCCCAGGUGGCCUCACGCUCCAGCAGCACCCCCUCUAACAGGCUCCGCCUCCCAUGGCGUGGAAUACCCAUUCAGUGAUCCAUUUGCUCAUUCAGACCACAGGGUGACAUCACCUCUCAGGGUCCUCCCUUUAAAUAGAGGGAAAUACUUUUCAGAGUGGAGGCCCAAUGGUUUCCCCUGGAGGGAAGCUUGGAGUGAGGUCCAUCAGCCUUGCGAAGCAGGCCAGCUGGGCUCUCUGGCUAACAGUGAGAGGGCACUUCUCAUCAACCAAGGCGGGCCAGCUAGGGACUGCCCCCCAACAAGCCUCCAAGACUUAUCGUCUUUGCAGCGUGACAAGAACCCCCAAGCACAGUUCAGCACUGCCUCCCUUAGAAGGGAACCUAUUACUGCUGAAGACAAUCAUAACUCCCGUAGGCUGAUGCAUGCAUCACAAAAGCCACCCCAGAAGGCUGCUGAGCCAAGCCCCCAAGUCAUAGCUGCGCGUAGACCUGCAGGACUAUCCCCCGAUAUCCAUCCUCGGGACCUUCAGGAUAAGUGCUUGCAGCUGGCCAGGGCUGGAGACGUGCAAGAAACCAAGCAAUGGUGCAAACCCAGGGAUGCUAGCGGGGAGCUACACCUAUCCAAGGCCCCGUCCCCCUUUGCAGGUGGUUCUCUUGUGGAACUAAGUGGUGGGAGACUGAAGAGGGUGGAGGAGCUGCAGACAGAGGACUUCCUGCUGUCGGGGAGCCCGAGGCCUGGGCUGUGCCUCAGCUCCUGCACAGUGCUGGGCAUCAGCCCCAGUGUGACCCCAGGCUACAUGCAUCUGCAGGUCCACCUAGCCGACCACCCGACUCAGGAGUUACUGGAAGUCUUGCUGGAGUAUCCAUUCUUCGUAUGUGAACGGGGCUGGUCCUCUUGUGACCCGCAGAAAACAGCCUGUCUGUAUGGGCUCCGCUGCCGGCAGCUCGCUGUUGGGGACGUGUGCUUCGCCCUGACACCAGCCCCGCCCGAGACACCGCCCUCGGCCGAGCCCCCCAAGAGCCCCCCGAGCCCAGACAAAUGCACAGCACAGCCCCGGAAAAGGCACUGGUCAGCCCCAGAUGUCUUUGGAGAGGACAGGUCCCUGGUUGGUUCGCCUCAGAACUCAAAGCACAGGAAGCAGCAGUAGUUAAACUCGCAUUUCAUCUCCAACAAGCCCUUCUUCUCUCAAGCACUGCCACUGGGCAUGGAAACUCUGCCUCUGUCUACUUCCCUCACUCUUUGCACAGGUCUAGAUUGUCUCUGUCGCUCCUCCACUGUUUGUGCGUGCAGGUGAGGCGACGCGGGCCAGAAGCACACCGCAAACUCAGGAUUAAAGCCUGCAGGCAGGGCGCUGUUCUUAGAAUGUAUCGUGUUGUAUUGCCAAGGAAGCAGCUCUUUGCACAUGAGAGGAAGCAGCAGGGGGACGGCAGAGGUGCAGGCCAGCCAGCAAUCAUGUUCCGCUAGGAUCAAAUUUACUCUGUUAGAGGUAUCAAUGAAGUGUUUGGUAUGUGAUCUAUAUUUGUAAUAUAUAUUAAAAAUGUUACUGAAGUCAUACAGAAACGUAAAAGUGAUUUAUUUAUGUUCACAUCACCGUUUUUGUGGUCACUAUAGUUGUUUUUAGCCAAAAGCGCUGAGAUGAAUUUAUACUGCGAUAUCGUCGCGUGCGUAACGCAGGUGUAAUUAUGCGCAAUAUUUCCUCUCCCUUUUUCCACAAUGAAGCUAAAGGAGAAAGAAGAAGCGAUCGCUUUUUGUCUUCUAAUGAAAGUGUAGCAUUGGCUGAUGCGCGGUUAGCCUCAAGCAAGGUGCCGGUCCAGGGUCAGUCCACAGUCGCUACUUUCAUGAGCUGUUUUGUGCUCGCGUGGAUCAAGGGAAAUAAGCGUGGAAUUCAGGGAUGGGAGUCCCCUGUGGACUCAAAAGUACUUUUUAGUAAUGUGCACUGGGAAAAUGCUAUUUUUCAUUUGAAAAAUGAAAUUGUAUAUUUUUAAACAAUGGAACUGUGUAACUGUGUUCGAUAUAAAUAAACUUUUAAAUACCA